AUGGGUUUUGUAGAGCGAGAUAAAGAUCGCAUCGCAUCAUCAAUCGCUCUCCUACGUGCGCGCACUCGAAGCAUGGAGAACACGCAUCAACAUCCCCCGAAUCGCUUUCGCAAGUCAAGUUCCUCCGAAAGAUCACCCCGCCCGAGCGCAAGCCGCGUGACCUGCCUUUGCCUAAAGCCUCCGACGGGCGCAAACGAGCCGCCUCGACAGCCGAUGAACUAUUCCAAGCAUUGUCAACUUCAAGCGAGAGUCAAGGACGCUUACGCUCACCUUCGUCCCAAGCUUGAGGCGACCUUCGAGGACUUGCGCUUCGACUACGAACCCCGACACGAGCGGAUCACGUUUCGUAUGCCUUUAAGAAUCCAUGAUAUCUUCACCCACUUCAUAUCAGAAGCUAUACACGAAGCAGUACGCGAAGUUGGCCGCAACAACGAAGACGUCCAUCGCUUCACAGAAAAUGUCAUAAAGGGCUCGACCUCCGAUAUCGGCACCUCUGAGAAGAAGAAGAAGCGCUCUGCUGAUGAAAAAGAGGACGAUCCCGUGAAGAAGAGGCGAUCUCCCGAUUCUCAGUCCAUCCACGUUGGUGCUCAGCAGCCAAGGAUAGUUAUCGAGGUUGCCGCCAGCCAAGACGCAAAGCAACUCUCCAAGCUCGCAAAGGGCUAUAUCCACGAUACUUGGGGAGAUAUCAAAGCUGUUCUUUGUUUUGCCCUCAACAAAUCUAACGGAUCUACUCUUUCACUGUGGAAGGCCAAGUAUACUUGGUGCCGGUUCAGUGGGGCACGUCACAGGCUAUUAUUUAAGCCUAGGCGGCGCGCAGAUCACAUACCUUAUUCACCUAAUAUACGUCAAAGAGUUUAA